AUGGCUGUUCCAUCUCCUUCCCUCUUCUUCUUCCUUGUCCUCUGUUUCGUCCACGCAACUUUCUCAACUGACCAAUCCGACCGUGAUUCUCCUCGGACGUUCAUCGUCCACGUGUCGAAAUACUCCAAGCCGGCUUUGUUCUCCUCCCAACGCCGCUGGUACACCUCCAUCCUCCGCUCCCUCCCUCCCUCCCCUCACCCCACCAAGCUCCUCUACACCUACUCACGCGCCGUCCAUGGCUUCUCCGCCACGCUCUCCGCCUCCCAAGCCCACGCGCUCCAAUCCCACCCCGCCGUCCUCUCCGUCGUCCCCGACAUGCCGCGCCAGCUCCACACCACCCGCACGUACGACUUCUUGGGCCUCGCCGACAACUUCGGCAUCUGGCCCAACUCGGACUACGCUGACGACGUCAUCAUCGGAGUUCUCGACACCGGGAUUUGGCCCGAGCGUCCGAGUUUCUCGGACUCGGGUCUGGGUCCGGUCCCCAAGACGUGGAAGGGCAAGUGCGUGAUCACAGGCGACUUUCCCGCUUCUUCUUGUAACCGGAAGAUCAUCGGCGCCAGAGCUUAUUUCAACGGCUACGAAUCCCAUCUCGGAAAACCCAUGGACGAGUCCAACGAGUCCAGAUCGCCUCGUGACACCGAAGGCCACGGCACCCACACAGCCUCCACCGCCGGCGGCUCUAGAGUUUCCAAUGCCAGCUUCUACGAAUACGCUUCCGGCGAAGCCAGAGGUAUGGCCAGCAAAGCCAGAAUCGCCGCCUAUAAAAUCUGCUGGACUUUCGGUUGUUUCGAUUCCGAUAUUCUCGCCGCCAUGGACCAAGCCAUCGCCGACGGCGUCCACAUCAUCUCGCUCUCCGUCGGAGCCAGCGGCGGCGCUCCGCCUUACGACCGCGACUCCAUCGCAAUCGGAGCCUUCGGUGCGGCCCAGCACGGCGUUCUGGUCUCGGCCUCCGCCGGAAAUUCCGGGCCCGGAAAAUUCACUGCGACCAACAUCGCGCCGUGGAUCCUCACCGUCGGAGCUUCCACUCUCGACAGAGAGUUUCCCGCCGACGUCGUUUUGGGCGACGGCAGGGUCUUCAACGGCGUGUCGUUGUACUCCGGGGAGGGUCUAAUGGAUUACAAGCUCCCGUUAGUCUACGGCGGAGACUGCGGCAGUAGGUUGUGCUAUUCCGGGGCUCUGCAACCGUCGAAAGUGCAAGGCAAGAUCGUCGUGUGUGAUCGUGGAGGUAACGCCAGAGUCGCCAAAGGAAGCGCCGUUAAGCUCGCCGGUGGGAUCGGAAUGAUAAUGGCAAACACAGAAGAGAGCGGUGAAGAGCUUCUUGCUGAUUCUCACCUGAUCCCGGCAACAAUGGUGGGUCAAAUGGCUGCCGAUCAGAUAAGGAGCUAUAUCAAAACUGGUCAUAAUGCAACUGCCACGAUCAAAUUCCGAGGAACUGUAAUUGGGACUUCUCCACCAUCGCCGAAAGUAGCUUCGUUUUCGAGCAGGGGUCCGAAUUCUCUGACUCCGGAGAUACUAAAACCCGAUGUGAUUGCUCCCGGAGUGAACAUUCUAGCUGGUUGGACUGGUGCUUCUUCCCCUACUGAUUUGGACAUUGAUCCCAGACGAGUUGAGUUCAAUAUCAUUUCUGGCACAUCCAUGUCCUGCCCACAUGUUAGUGGCAUUGCUGCUCUGUUGCGGAAGGCCUAUCCGAAAUGGUCUCCUGCUGCUAUUAAAUCCGCAUUGGUGACAACAGCCUAUACUUUGGACAAUUCCGGGAACAAAAUUAAGGAUCUUGCAAAUGGGGGAGAGUCGACGCCUUUUGUUCAUGGAGCUGGGCAUGUUGAUCCUAAUAGGGCACUUAAUCCUGGGUUGGUGUAUGAUAUCGAUGUAAAUGACUAUGUUGCGUUUAUGUGCUCGAUUGGUUAUGGUCCUAGGCAGAUAGCUGUUUUCAUGAGAGAGUUAGCCGGGGAUGAUAUAUGUGCUAGAAACAGUUUAGCUAGUCCUGGUGAUUUGAAUUACCCGUCAUUUGCAGUGGUGUUUAAGCCUGGCCGGGAGUUGGUGAAGUACAAGAGAGUUGUGACAAAUGUUGGGAGUGUCGUUGAUGCGGUUUAUGAGGUUAAUGUGGAUGCUCCGGCCGGUGUUGAAAUCAGUGUUGAGCCGAGUAAGCUGGUUUUCAGUGAAGUAAAUCAGACUCAGAGUUAUGAGGUUACAUUUGCGAAAGGUAUUGGUUAUGUAAAUGGGGAGAGAUACGGGUCAAUUGAGUGGAGCGAUGGGCGUCACCAUGUGAGGAGUCCAGUUGCUGUUAGGUGGAGCAAUACUGGGUAUUCAGCCUCCAUGUGAGUUAAUUGUACUGUGGGAGAUGAAGGAUGAAUAUGCUCGGAUUGAGCAUUGGCUUUGUUUUUCUGCAAAUUUUAACCUAGCAGCCCCUAGUGUAAAUUUUCCGAAUGUGGUUUUCAGGUAAGAAUGUGGUCUGUGCAGGCCGUGUUUAUUUGCAUAUGUUGCAUUGCUGUAAAGUUGAAGCUUGGAAGCUUAUCUAAGCAAUAAAUUGAAUCACAUUAUGCUCAAGAUUAG